CCUAGGUGGCGCGUAGACGCGCACGACUGUGGGAAACACCUCUACGCGGUAGGAACUCAGUCUCUCGCAUAUACUUUAUACUUUGCUGGCUUGAUGGAUGAGCCAUGCUGGGACAAGUACUUCGCGCGCUUCCUGGAAUUGUACGAGGAGCACCACGUUGGAAAAAAAAUACCUCGUCGAGUGCUUCAUGAGUUGGAGGGCCUGUACGAUUCGAAGGAGGUGGUGGAGUUGCGAGUCGUGGUUCGGGCAACGCAAACCCGUGACGUUUUGCACAUGUGGAACCGGAUGCACUUUAAGGCAAGUGGGUUCCCUCUGUUGCAAACAGCCUUGCUCGCCAUGAGAAUGGAGCGCGAGUACGAACCUGAGAUUUUGCAGCGCGCUCUCGAGUGGGGACGCCGGGCGCCCGACGCGCUGCAAAUGUUCAAGAUGGUCGCGAGUGGGCCGUUUUUUGAGUACGGUCACGAUCCAGGCGCGCGCCACUUCCUACAAGGCUUGCAGGUUGUCUUUGGUCCCAGUCCAAAGCGCUUUCGCGGUGCUCCCCAGUGGCUCAUCGACGAGUGGAAUGCGUGUCCGGAGGACCAGCAGUGGCACGAGGUGCUGACGUACGAAGAAUUCCUGCGGGAGCUCGUGUAUUUGAUGAGCGAGAAAGACUUACAGAUCCCUCGAAAGCGGGCCGCGGGCUAUCUCUUUCUGGAUCCUGCCAUCGCUGACGAAAAAUCCCUGAAAGACUUUUCCCUGCAAACACCAGUGCUUCUACUACUACUAGGAUACAUCAAGUCGGAGCCAUUGAUACAUGAUGUAUGCGAGCGUCUGGAUGAGAUCCUCGAGAGGAACCCAGAGGAGGAGGACGCGAAGGAAGAUGAAACGAAUGCUUGAGCAACUUCUCCUUAUUUUGAACUGAAACGUGAUCUAUUGCUGUCAGAAGAUCAUCAAGAAUGGAUACUGCUACCAGACGUAUUUGGUUACUUCGGUAAAUAAGGUUUUCGUACCUAGUAACCACGUGGUGCUGAUGGUCAGAUGUCUUAUGUCCUUGCUGAUUAUAUGUAAAAAAGUGAAGGAGGCAAGCACAAUAAAAGAUCCCAUCAAGCACUAAAGCUGAACUACUAUAUCUCUAUUUUGAGUUUUGUAUAAUCAAGGACAAUGACGGUUGGUUUUUUUUCCGUCAAGCACUCUUUUCCGAGGGAAGAGAUGUAGAAAAUGGAAUUGUAGAUGCAAAAUGACCGCAGUGUUAUAUAUUAUUUAAGGAGUUAGAAGUAGUUCGUAGUGGGAAUGGAAUUGCGGGAAAGUGAAUGGUUGGAUUGGGCAACUCCACCAACUCGUUCUUCAAUUCACUGACAUUUGCAAGUGCUUUCACAGUAUCUUCGAACAUCAAGUCCUGCUCAACAGGAAUAAGCUCUCGACCAUGAGUCUACUCACUCCAAUCUUAAAACUGUAUAUAUUUCGGACUUCUUUCGACAGAUGUAUUGUGUUCUCAAGGCUUUGUAUAAUAUACGCAUGUCUUUGUCG